GUGGGUUUUACACGUGUCUUUGAUCGAGAACCAAGAAGUGGGCAUCGAGAUAAAGUUGGUAAUUUGAGUGAAGCUGACCUAAAACAGUUGCAAGAGCGGUUGGUAAAAGACAUGCAACACUACUUCGUUCCAAGAGGUGAAGUACCUACCGGGGAUUCGAUGCCAACUUCUGAGGCGGCCCAUGUGGGUACCAUGAAUUCUGCCGCACCUCGUCUUAAAAAAGUUUCACGGAUGGUGUAUCUUGUAGGCUAGCCAUUGAGUCACACACUGAAUGUGCUGUUGAUUUUGUUGCCAUGGCGGUAGCCUACAACACGCCUAGCGGGGGGCUAAUCCACAAUGUGUCGAUGUCUGAAAACACCAUUAAAGUGAACAUAUCUAUGGCAUAUCCAAACUUUGAAAAUUGUCCCUUGCUAUAUCCUAAUGAAGCCGCUGAUAUGAAUGUUGUAGCAGACGUUGUAGGUUCUUUUGUUCAGUGGCCAGCGCAGUUAGUUUUUUUUGAGGGAGAGGAACCACCAUCUAAGCCAAAAAAGAAGGAUGUUGCAAAAAAGAAACUGCCUUUUAUCCCGAGAGACUCACCAAAAGUAAUGGUUGAACCCAGCUCAUAUGCAUUGGUCAGUGAGGCUGUUCUUCAUUCACUUACUUAUGAUCUUUUAAGAUUGCAUGAGAAUCUUGAGUGGUAUGAGCCCGAACUUUGUAAGUUUUCUAUUCCUCUUCGUGUGGAUGUGUUUUGCUACGUUAAAGAUAUGCAAUUUGGGACCACUGUUGACUGUGAAGACUUGAGUCAAUUUCGUGAGGGUGAUUUUGU